AAUAGCAUGUUUAUGGAAAUGUUCGGGCGUGUUAUGGUUAUGAAAUAAUGAUGGACGGUAGUUGGAAAUUUGAGGUUGGUUAGUGGUUAAUUUAAAGUAAUUGCAAUAAGUAAUGAAUUAACAUGAGAUGUUAUGUACAGCAGUAUAUAAAUGAGCACUUACAAAACGAAGUUCAAUGGAAGGGCAUAAAUUUAUGUUUGAAACUAAUGAUCAAGGACCGUGACACUUUCUGUAUUCCCGAUAAAACGGCGUGUAGUGCAGAGAAAUAUAAAUAUAUACCAUACAUCAUAAAAAUGCCCCAUGUUACUCGCAAAUGGGAAAUCUUUCCCGGAAGAAAUCGGUUUUGUUGCGAUGGCAGGUUAAUGAUGGCACCUCAAACUGGGGUUUUUUAUGUGACGCUUGGCCUUAUUAUCGGAACUAGUGGGCUCUUCUUUGGUUUUGAUUGUCCGUAUCUUGCUGUGCACAUAACUCCAGCGAUACCAGUAGUUGGUGCCCUACUGUUUGUAUUUGUGAUGUCAGCACUACUCAGGACUAGCUUCAGUGAUCCUGGUGUCAUUCCUCGGGCUACUCAAGAUGAAGCUGCCUAUACAGAAAAACAAAUAGAAGUUCCAAACAGUGCAAAUUCGCCAACGUAUCGUCCCCCGCCCCGAACGAAAGAGAUACUGGUGCGAGGACAUCCGGUGAAGUUGAAAUACUGUUUCACGUGCAAGAUAUUUCGACCUCCGCGAGCGUCACACUGUAGCUUGUGUGACAACUGUGUUGAAAGAUUCGAUCAUCACUGCCCUUGGGUGGGCAACUGUGUGGGCAAGAGAAAUUACCGUUAUUUCUAUAUGUUUAUUGUAUCGCUAGCGUUCCUGUGCGUUUUCAUCUUUGCCUGUGCUGUUACACAUCUAAUAUUAUUAACGAAAGAUGAGAAGAAACCAUUUCUUGAGGCCAUCAAGGAUUCACCUGCGAGUGUUAUUGUAAGCGUCGUGUGUUUCUUCAGUGUUUGGAGUGUUUUGGGCCUGGCUGGUUUCCACACAUACCUCACAACAUCAAACCAGACCACAAAUGAAGAUAUAAAAGGAUCAUUCAGUAGCAAGCGUGGUCAAGAGAGCUUUAAUCCAUAUAGCCAUGGCAACAUAUGUGCAAACUGUAUGUAUGUGCUGUGUGGGCCUACUCCACCAAGUCUUAUAGAUCGAAGGGGCAUAGUGACACCAGAGUUCGCGGCCGAGCAAGCUCGUGCCAAUGAGGACAGAGACACUGUGAUUGCAAACAACAGGACAUAUGGUACUGUAAAGGCAGUUCUACCAUUGAACAGUAUGCCUCAGAUCAGCAAUGUGCCCAGUGAAGCGUCGGGCUCCAUGCACAACUUGGUCCCUGCACAGGAGCAUGUGGUUAAAGUUUCACAGGCCAAUGCAGCCAGCAUUACGCCACUGCACGAUAACAAUUGUAGCAUGAAUCAGUUGGUAAAUGGGGCAAAUGCUCCCGUCAGAACUUGCGUCACACCUCCGCUACCGGCGAACCUUGAUGAGGUUAUGAUAUCCGUGGACACGUCCAAGUUCGAUAGUGUCUCGGCCAACAUGUCGAGCAUCAACAUGACAGACGUCAUCAGUGAUUCAAAUAUUGUAGUUCCUUUGAGUGCGAGUAGACUGCAGUUACUGCAGGACACAACAAUGAUCGAGUCUGCACUAGACUUAGAUUCCCUGGAAGAGUCGUCUGUUGGAACAGGUAGUCAAGCGGGGUUGAUCAGAUUGAAUGCUCUCUGACAAAAUUUUGUUCAUGUUAAUUUGUGGCUGAAUAAUGAACUUUUUUAGCAGAACAUACCAGUCAAAAUAAACAUGAACAAUAAGCAUUUAACAUCACAUUUUCAGUCUUACUACUGAAAUGUAUGCAAAUGGUUGUUAUACGUUUUUUAUUGACUUUGGCGAAGCACUUUUGCCUAGAAUAUGCGUGAUGUGAAGUAAAUCGAAAUAAUUAUUUUAGUACGAAAAUAGUGUGGGUCGUCCAUGAUCUUUUAUCGACAAAUGUAGCAUUCAGGAGCUGUGCUGGUUUUGGGUCAAGAAAGUGUUAUUUCAAGUACAUAAGUGUAAAUAAAAAUUCAGAUUUAGUUCAGAGUAAUAAUUGUUCUCAGCAGAACAAAUUGUGUAAUAAAUGUACAUGCUGUGCCAAAUUUAAUGAGAAAUGAACCCUAAUGUUGAAUUUAAUAUUUUCAUGAGACACUUAUUUAGUUUCAAAACCUAUGCAAGCAAUAGAGUGCUUUAUUUGUCAGUGAUUGCUGAUUUGUUUUCAAUGUAUUUUUAUGCUUUAAACAGGCACGCUCUAAUUUCUCACUAGUUUAUGCCUGGCAGAAAUAUUUUUGCUUUUAAAAAUGUACAUUGCCACCCUGAUACCACACUCAAUGGGAAAUGCUAGUGAACGUGAGGUUUGAAACAUGCCGACUCUGAUUGAAACGGACUUAAAUAGGCUAGCGACAGGUGCACGGAAGAAGCGAGAGAACAUGCUAUCCGCUGCUGCUACCGUCCGCACCUUCUCACUGCUUGGGAGGCAAGCAGAUAUGUCGAUGUUGGCAACAAUUUGGGUUCUCUAGCUUCUUUUGCACGCUUGUCCAUGGUUGGCUAACGUACACGCCCUUCUCAAUCAGAAUUGUGGCAGUUUAUACGUCAAGUUCACUGGUAUUUUUCAUUAAGUUCUAUGUCAUGUAUAAAUGUGUGGAAAAAAAAAUAUAUCUUCUAUGUCUUGCAGUCUGUCACCUGGCUGCAUAAAUUCACUUCAUACUCUGAUAAUGCAUAAACGUGUUUUUUUUCUCUUAUGGCUCAUAUAAUAUUGAAUUAAUAUCUUCUUCUACUGCAGUUCUUGUAAAGUUUUUCUCACCUAUAUUUGAAUAUGUUAUUUGAUUACACCUGUUUACCUCUAUAUCAUUUUUAUAACAGUCUUAUCAGAGUAACUUUUUUUUUCAUUACCUUCUCCAACACAAAAAAAAAACUCAAUACAGGGAGCAGGUAGAAUAUGCCAUUUUUAUUUUUAGAGGAUUUAUUGGGUAUUAUGUUAUUUAAAAUAUUUGAGAGUUGUGUUAUACUAAAAAAUACAUACUAAGUUACACAGUGUUUAAUUAGAUUUUCCUGCAGUUUUAUUGACUAGUCAUGUAUAUAUUCAAGACUUUAUAUUGUAUUUAGCAUAUAUCAUGAGUAUGACAAAAAGCAUAAAUAAUAAUUUAUAAUUGGUCAGUCCUCAGUCCUAACACUGGUUGCUUGACUAGUUUAUUGAAACAAAUUUCUGGACAAUUAUUAUUUAUCAGUAGUUUGGAACCACACUUUUUAUAAUAUGGUAUAAAUUUGUUAAUUGAUGUUGGUUUUGGCUUCUUACAAAGCAUCCAAAUGAGAACUGUUAUUUGUGGCAUUUUCUAGGGUGCAUUUAAAAAAAGAAAAAAAUAUAUAUAUGCACAGUUUUUUGACAGUGAAAUAUUAAUUAUGCUCUGCAAAAAAUUAAUUUUACAAAUGGUAGAAUGAAACUAUUGUAGUGUAUUACAUAUUACAUUUUAUUUGUGUGUAAGUUUAAUAAAACUUGUGAAAUAUAAUGUGGCUGUGAAAACAAUAGCUAUUUCUUGUCAUGAAUUAUAUUACUAUCGUGGUAUUAUUAAGUAGUAAGUUGCUGCAUUGUAUAUUUUGUCUUUGGCGGAAUAUUUCUUGGCUUAAAAUUACUGUUAUCACUGUUGAUGUAUGUACGUUUGUUUAGGUAGUGCAAUUUCUUAUGUUUGCAAAUUACUAAUUGGGGCAUUGCUAAUAUUUUACUAUUGUCUCUUCCACAACUAGCACUUUUUUACAUCUGUUGCAACAUGCUUGUAUACUCUGGCAUCACACAUUACACAUUUUAUCCCUUGUUACUGUCAGUUACUUAAAGCUUAAAAUAAUUAAUUACUAGUGCAGCUGCUGCUUGCACCAACAGGUUCUAACGUAAUUUGGUUUCUACUGUAUUUAACCACAGUAUUUCUAGCAUUCGUCUGUAACAUCACAUUUUCAAAGCUUUAAAACUUAUUUUCUGUUAUCCAAUGGUCCAAGUAUCACUCCUUUAAAGAGCUACACUAUACACUAACACUUGCCAAGAAUUUUCCCUAAUUCAUAAAAUUAUUUUAUGCCUGUGCUUUUCUGCUCUUUAUAUACUUGUUGCUUUUUUUUUUAUCACUGGGUACAUUACUGCCCAAAUUUAAAACAAAAAUAAUGGUGUCAGCUAAUUUUUUACCUGUAAUUAUUUCAAUUUGUGUGCUUUUCCUCCCAUGUUUUAUCUCACUUUUUUUAUUUUUUGUGCAUAUUUCGUAACUGUGUCAAUUACAUUCAGCAUAACGUCCAGGUUCUGUGCUGAUGUUUCGAAAACAGGGUGGUCACCUAACCGGGAAAAUCAGGAAACAUUGAAUAAGGCAUGAAUAUAUUUUUUGCUAGUAAAUCUGUGAGAAACCCGUGAAUUUUUGAAAGCCAUGUGGAAUUAUCAGUUUGUCUAGCAAAUUGAAAAGAGCUUAGUUGUAAAACUGCAUGCCGUGCCUAAAAACUGUCAUUUAUACCAUUUUUGAAAUUUGUUUACAGCUUAGUUAAAAAAUUACUCACAGUGCGUACGACUUACUUCCCUCAUACCAUUUUUGAAUGCCUUGUACUGGCAAACCUGGCAGCAGUUGUGACACAUGACAUACGGGUUGCCGGGUUGCCAAUGUCCGUUAGCUGAGGGGGGGAGGGUAAGCCUGUCGCGCAAUUUCUUUGUUCUCUCGUGUUUCUUUUUGACGUGAUAACGUCUUAUAAAUCGAUGAACGCCGGUUGCACGUGCGAACAAGCAUGACUCAUUGUCUCGUUACGCCUGAGCCGAGAGUGCAAGAACCGGCCAACCAACGUGCGAGAAUAUCUUCUAAUAUAUCAAACAGUUUAAGGCGGGCUUUUUAACUAAUUGUUCGUGAUUAUAUUUAAACAAAUUAUUUAAAUUAAAUUUGAAAAAACUGUAAAUAAUAUUUGAAAAUUAAAAAGUAUGCAAUUUUUCAUCAAUGUUUUCUUAUGAUGUUAUCACGUGAAUUUAUCGUCCGUAAACCGACUUUACAAACAACCCCCUUUUUUACUUUUGCUUCUGAAGAUUUUCACAGAUGCUUAUAGUAAACAAAGCCACGACCGAAAACUAAUACCGUUAUUUGACACGUGGAAGACUGGAGGAUCUCAUUUGCAGAAUAAAACCAAAAAUAUUGCGUUGAACAUAAAAGAAACUAGACUAGCAGACAGAGUUAUAAUUUUUUUCCUUUUUUUUCUUUUAUGUAGCAUGUAGCUAUUUCAGUACAGCACAGACAGUUAUGAACAUGUAUAGGCCCCUAUCUGUUUAUAAAGAGUUAUUUUAUCAUAACAAUUAGUUUUCAGAUAUAUUUGUUCUACAGUAAGUAUUUAAGUGAGUUUUUGUUAGUAAAUAAUAUUUAAAAAAAAAGGAUGAAUAAGUAGGAAGGUAGUUUUACAACUCAAAAUUUAUAAUGUGCAGUUUAUUGUUAUUGAAAGACUGUCUAUGAAUAAUUUUGUAGCUAGGGACAUAGCUCAGCUAACAUUGGUGAGAAUUUAAAUUGUUUAUGUGGUGGUUUAGUAUGGUUGCUUUUGUCUUUUUGUUAGUUUUUUUUCAUUGCACUAAGUAUACCUUAGUAUACCUAAUUAUGAUCAUUACUGGCAUUAAAAAUUUUGAUCACUGUGAUAUUUUUUAAAGCUUGGUCUCUCACAUGCAAGUUUUUUUUUAAUUAUAUGGUCAUUACUAUAGUAUGCUAACUUUUCCUGUAAAUGUAUCAUCAUAGCAUUCUUGCAAAUUAUGUUUCAUCCCAAAUUUUCUCUACAUAUAUUUACUAAAGAACAUCAUAUAGCUUUAAAAAAUUACACAAGUACUUAUAAUUAUGGUAAUUUGCGUGACCUUUUACAGCUAGAAAAUGCUGUGUGGUAAAUAUCUGGUGAAAACAAUUUUGAUCCCACAAAAAUUUCUCGGGAGCUAUCAGAAUAAAUAUACAGUAAAAAUGCCUUAAUUGACAGUAAUGACCAGAAAAUUAAAUAAAUAACCAUCUCAGUAUGUGAGACCGAGCUUUGAGCAUAAAACAUUUUGCACAGAUUUAUCUUUUCUUGUGAUUCCCAGCUUGUGUUAUUCGUAAAUGUUGUUGGUGAUGGUUCAGUUACUGAAAAUGCUCUGUGACUUGUUUUGUUUAGUUGAAAUGUUGCACAGAUGUAAAUUUGGAGGGAGUGCAGAGAUUUUGCUCCUUCUGUGGAUCUUGUGUUUGCACGUACAGAGUGAGAAAGUUGCCAUUUAUUAUUUACUGGCACGGAAAGAGUAGACAGGCUUGAGAAACCCCAGGCAAGUAACUUGUCCAUGUAAAUAAAAAGUUAUGUACAUUAAUAAAAAAAUAAUUUUUUUAGUUUUGUAUGUUAGGUUUUAGGCUUGUGCCAUACCUAGGUGUGACACCUAGAACCAAGGACAUGUUUCUACAUUCAGUAACCUCUCCUUUCACAAUUUACAAAUUUGCUUAUAGAUUGCCUUUAGUUAUUUUAUACCAUAUGUCAAAUGUUUGCCAUGUGUAUACAGUUGCAUCUAUUGAGAAAUUUAGGUUUUAUCAUAUGUAGAGACCUGUAAAAUUCGCGAUUUAAAAUCCCUAAAGGAUAGACUCCAUGAUCCUCUAUGCACUCGUGCAAAUUACAUCUGCUGAUUGGUUACCGACUCGUAACACCUGUUGACUGGAAUGAUCGUGAUUCGCUAAUUCUUCUGUUAAAGAUUUUUCAUUGGCACAGAGUCCUUCAGAUAAACUGUGGCCCAAUCACUGAAGCAAAAUAAUGUCAAAAGUAUUUGGACUCUAUCCUAUCGCAAAAUGAAUCUGCGAAUUUUACAGGUCUCUAAUCAUAGGUUAUACCAGGCCUUCUCAAUUAAGUUUACCUCGGGUCACUUGCAGUAAUAUUAUAAAUACCUAAGGUUAUGGGGGGGGGAGGCUAAAAGUAACAAAAAAAGUGCAGAAUAUUACAUGUUUUGGCAUAAACCUCAAUUGAAUUUAUUUUUAAUGUGCAAAAAGGAUUCAAUAUCAGAGAUAACAAAUCAUAAAACAACUCCUCUGCCACGCCUCUGGACUGCUGACUUGUAAUGGUGCCAAGACAGUCCAGUGACCAUCGCCACACUUGUCGAUAACGCCAUUGUUCUGUCGAGCACGGCAAGCGCAAGUGCGGUUUACAAGGGCAUGUUCAUUAUGCUUUCUUGUUAAAGGGCAAUAAUUGAUAAAGUACUUAUUGAGUGCUAAUACAUUAAGCCCCAAGCCUGAUAAUGUAAACCCCAGUAAUUAACAGUUGGUUCAAUUGAUAUUUAAUUAAUAUUCUUUGAACUAUUGUCCUCAUUUUAUGAUGUUCACGUCAGGCCAGCAGAAAUUUUGAUUGCUUGCCGGAUUGGGCCUGCUGGCCACCUGUUAAAGAAGGCCUGAGCUAUACUAUUGAUGGAUCUUCUGGAAAUUUUGGUACUUGUUUUGUGUUAUGAGAAACUAUUACUUUGAGAUUUUCCUACAAGUCAGUCAAGUGUUGGUUAUGUAAAGAAAGUGUUUUCAUUCAUAAUUUCUUUGACAGUAUUCUCCUGCUCUCUGUUUUUUAUUUAUUUACAUUUUUCAGCUAUGUUAAUCUAUCAAAAUGACAUAUACACCAAAAAUAGUAGGUAUUACUGUUUACGUGUUUACAAAAUAAAUUUCUAAAAAAUCCUUCUUACAAUGAUUAUAGUUAUAAUGGUUAUAGUUAUUAUUUUCUAGUAAUAUGAUUUAAAUUUUUGUGCAUAAUACUGUGUUAUUUUAUUUAUUCAGUGACAUGUACAUUUGCUAAUAAUUACACAGCUAUACACACCAUAAUUUUAUUUGUAAUAUUCUUGGUUCCUUGUCAGACAGAAUUGCAUUUAUUUAUUAGAAAUAUUGUAAAGUAUUAUUAUUAUUUUUAUUUUAUCAAGGGUUUUCUUUCAGUCUUGUAGAUACAUGUAUGAAAUUAAUAGUCUUAUUACAUUUAUUUUUUUACUCAAUUCAUUUAUGUUGCUUAAAUAUUGUUAUUUUGGCCUUUUAUGUAUAGAUAUAUUUUGUCGUACAUGUGUAUUGUAUUAUAUGUAUUGAUGUUUACAGCUUGUGUGCUUAUAUUGAUUUACACAGUUGUAUCUAUUUAUUUAAUUAUGUGUAAAGCAAGUUGUUUUGGUACCAGGAGAUGUAUAAAUAUAUAUAAAAUUGUUUAUUUCAUUGAAAGAUGCAUUAUGCGUAUUUAGGUUGUUGAUGUAUUGUGGUAAAUAUAUUAAUUUUUUGUUGAGCA